CUGAGCACAGGGACUACAAGGAUAAGAAACAAAAACAGAGCUGUUGAUCUUCACUCAUUUCAUCCAGAUUUCACCAAUGAAAACCCACCAAUCAUGUGUCCAACUUAAAGUUAGGUAUGCACUGAACUCUUCAGAGAUUUGAGAAUAAACUAAGAGCACAGAAAUGGGAAAGCUGUUGAAACCAAAGUUAAUAUCUCAUAGAGGAGAAACUGCACACAAAAAUGAAGCACAUAGCAAAUGGACAAAAAUGCAUUAAACUGGACCAGCAGAAAAUCUUUAUUACAUAGGAGUAUUUAUAUUAGAUAGUUUGUGAACUGUUCAAGAUGCUAAUUGACAAUUUGAAAAUUGAUAUAAAAUCUCACCAAUAGAUUUCAUAGGUAAUGUACUGGCAAGAAGACUGGUGAAUAAGAUGGGAAAUGGGACAUAUAGAGAGACCUGAGCCUGCUAGUAAGCCUGCGGGCACUUUGAAGCAAGCAGCAUAUGAAUGGAGCCAGUAGCAGUGCUGCACAUCGAGAAACACAGCAGUGGGCAGUGGAAAGGGUCCUGGAAAGAAUGACACUAUGGGCAGCACAAGCAGGUGUCAUAUGAUUGCGUGGCAUCGCCAAAGCUUUGGGUUGGUUGCGUGCAGUCUCAGUCAGCUACAUGACAGCUCAGAAGAAACAUCAGAAAUAGCCCCCUACCAUCUGUCCUCAUCAUAAUAUAGUCCAUACUUCGGACUCCUAAUAGCGAAAGUAUGUAGAGCUCCCAGUGGGAAAGCAGGGAACCAUACACUCUUUUUAAAAUUCUGUUGUGGCAAUAAAUAAUAAGCAAACAAACAGAUAAACAAACAAACAAAUAAAUAGAUGUAACCCUCAAGCAUAAACAGAAGUUGCUCAGAAGGUACUUUACUUCAUACAUACCUCUGGCAAGAGAGGUGUUAAGAGCAGUAACAAGUUCUUAUUUCAACAUUUUUAAAUUAUUGCUGAAAAAUUGUACAGGGUACAAGCAAAAAAGAUAUUAAAAGUCUGCAGAAAAUUAAGGAGAUGUAUUUGAUUCUUCUCUCAGGAAAAAAAUAAAUAAUUAUGUGGAAUAAAAAAGGUUUCACAAAAUAUUACAUCAGAAAGGACUCUUUAGCUACGUACAGUAAGGCAUUACAUGAAGCACAAGCUGGAAGCUGGAGCCAGAUCUACUCCAAGUGGAAGUGGGAAGCACUGAAGGCUGUUCAGCACAGCGACAAACUGCAAAGGCAGGGACAGAAUUCCCUAUGCAGGCCAUGGUCCCUCCCAGUAGGCACUGUGUGCCUCUCUGGAGUCAGCAGAAGUUUCCCUGAGCUUCUGAAAAAGUGUGUUAUCGACAGCAUAAGAUAUCCAUUUGGGCCGAUUCAAAACCAGAAGGAUCUCUGCUGGCCAAUAACUGUUUAAUUCCUGAAUCAGAUGUUGGCUGGGAAGACCGCUGUGGACAGGAUGCAGUGCUGGUGCUGGAUGCAGCAUUCUCAGGGACGGUGAGCAGCACACACUGUCCAUCCUGCCACAUUUCCCUUGCCUUUUUGUCCCCGUCUUUCUGAAUGUUAAUGCUUUGUUUGAUGGGGUGUUUGCUUGUCCAGAGAACUGUUCACAGUAAUGCCCCAUUCUUUUGUGAAAGAUUACAGCUUAAUUAGAAAAUGACUUUGAAUUGUGUAAGAGGAAUGUCCCCAAGGCAUGUUGCAAGCUUCUGCAACUCGGUUGUUUGUCAGAGCCCACCAUUCUUCACCCCUAGCAAGAAGCUACAAAACAAGAUUUCCUUUUCACAUUACUACUGUGAAACAUUACCAGUGUAUGAACACAGGCUGAGGCCCAAGUGUUUUAAUGCCAGUGCCAGUGCCAGUGUUUUAAUGGUACAUAGCCAGCUCUAACCCAUAUCCUUUCUAAAAGUGUUCUUUCCUUCAGUGCUAUCAUUAUUUUCUCUGUAGGCUAACUCAGCUGGUUUUAUUUCAAGCCUUUGUUGUUCCUUAUGUGAGUCAACUCACCUAAAGUCCUUUAGUUAGGACCAAGAAAAACCAUUUAUAUAUAAUUAUACUUAUGCAGUGAGAUCAUUAUUGAAUAUAAUGCUGACCCAAGAGUUCCAGGAUAAUUUCCUAUACGGAGACUGAUUUCAGAGAGUUCCAAAACAAUGCCAGCACUUUUUCAUGAAUGCUUUCACUGCUCUGCCUUAAAGCACAACAGUUUGCUCACGUCUUACAUUAGACAGUUUUACAGUCAAAUAGCUGUUAUAAAAGAAACUGUGUACACAUCAAGCUGCAUCAGCGCCACUUCCAGUAACACGUACUUGGGGGUGAGGUAAACCCACUCAGUUCAGCCUUCAGGGAGAGAUUCUCCAGAGGACGCAGCCUGGACCCUGCCACACUGUCGCACACAGUUGCAUGCUGCUGCUGCACUUUGCUUUUUCUCCUUGUGCAAAGCACAUGCUCUGCCAUGGCAAGAGUCAGGUGUUACUUUUGCUACUGCAGUCACUGGUGAAGAGCUUGUACAACCAGCAGGGAAACACGCUGCGCUUUCAGAACACGUGUUCCAAGUGUACUCACUAGUAAAUGUGUCACUCAGCAGACUGCUACCUUUGAGACAGGCUCUGACCUCCUCAGGAUGGGGACACUGCCUGGUGGGGACACCAAGCCCUGUGGUCCCAGUGAGUUCCCUCAGGCUCCUGCUGCAGGGAGCUAGUAUGUUCCUCCACUGAGCGCAGCCUUUUGGAUGCCGGCCAUGGGGCGAGUCCUUCCCACUACUGCGGCUAUUUGCUUCCUGAAUAGGAGAAAUGAAGCCAGAGAGUGUCAGAUAUAUUUCUUUUUUAAGGACUGGUACCUACAGUCCUUCCCCUUGUUCCCAUCCCAGCCAUGAGCACACCAUUAAUUUGGGUUGGCACCACGGGGAGCAGUGUCGGGGAUGAACUGUGCAGCCAGGGCUCUGCAUUGCAUAAAACAAAUUUACUGAAUUAGAAGAGAGAGGAAAAAAUGUUAAAAUUAUGAAUUUUCUGCACCUGGUGCAGAAAAAAAAAAAUUGAACUUAUGCUCAUUAGGCACUGAAAUACGAUUCUUUUUUGGCAAAGGAUGAGCAUUCACAACAGUUCCUAGAACUUGGAUUACAAAAUUUGUAUUUUUGAUAAACAAAGUAAAGACAAAUACAAAUCUUUUAAAUUAUAAUUUUUUUCCGCUAAAAUGUAAUGAAAGAAUUCCAGGCCUUCAAAGUUCAAAGUGUUCAUUCUUUUCAGUUUUCUCCCGUGUUUUUUGAAAACCAAGUGAUAUUCUUUCAUUUUUUCCCCAUAUUUUUGUCUUCAUUUCAAAAGCUUUAAAACUAUGUUCAGUCGGGCCCCUUUCCUCAGUCGCUCCGAGCCGUGCUAUGGAUGCUUCAAGAGCUGGCACUGACAUGAGAGCCUCCAUCCCCGCGUGACACAGAGAUCUCCUGCGCAUCGCCCUCGAAGCUGCGUUGGGAUGCAUUCACCUGUCCGUGUGCAUGCGCUCAGAGGAAAGCCAUGGAGCAAACCGCUUUACCUUCCCGACAGGUUGUUUUUACCACAGGAACCGUGCACAAGCAUCCUCAUUCAUUCCCGGCAUUUCCUCCCAUCCCACGUUUCUGGGAAAGUUCUUCCCGGUGAGAUAACUUUUCUCCCGCUUUGGCUGAUCCCGGAGCUCUGGUGGCAGCGCUCCCAGCGCACGCUGGGUCUGGGGGCAUUACCUCCCCUGCAGGACGGGCCCCGCUUCGCCCGGGGAAACCCGCCCCGGCACGGCGGGCGAAAGGGAAAGGGCAGGAGCGAGCGGCGGCUGCAGGGGCCUCUGCCCUCCCUGCCCUGGGCUGAGUCCCCCCCGUCCCGCGGACCCGGUUGCGGGCUCCGGGAAGGAGCCGCGCUGCGUCGAGGGGAGGCAGAGCCGGGGGGACCUCAGCGCGGCGCGGUUUCCCCCCCCAGUCACUCCUCCCACAGUGAGCCGUGCCUCUUAACCCCCGGGAUCCUCCCUCCCGCCGAGCACUGCUCCGCUCUGCAGAACGCGAGUUGAUGACCGAAAAACGAAUUAGCGGCCGCGGACAGCCAUGAGCUGUCUGGAUGUUAUGUACCAAGUGUAUGGUCCCCCCCAGCCGUACUUCGCCGCAGCCUACAGCCCCUACCCGCAGAAACUCGCCUUGUACUCCAAAAUGCAAGAAGCCCCGGAGAGCGGCAGCAGCGCCGGCGCCAGCAGCUCUUUCCCCAGCCACGCCGCCGCCAGCAUCAAGGAGGAGGAGUGCAGCCCCGAGAAGGAGCGGCCCCCCGAAGCCGAGUACAUCAGCUCCCGGUGCGUCCUCUUCACCUACUUCCAGGGGGACAUCAGCGCCGUGGUGGACGAGCACUUCAGCCGGGCGCUCAGCCAGCCCAGCAGCUUUUCGCUCGGCAGCGCCAAGGCGGCGCGGAACGCCGGCUCCUGGAGGGAUGGCUCCUUCCCGAUGAGCCAGCGCAGCUUCCCCCCGUCCUUCUGGAACAGCACCUACCAGCCCUCCUCGGUCCCUGUCACCCUCAGCAGCCCCCUGGCCGCCCACAGUGAGCUGCCCUUCACUGCCGCUGACCCCUAUGCCCCAGCCUCCCUGCACGGCCACCUACACCAGGGUGGCCCUGAGGCCUGGCAUCACGCCCACCACCACCACCACCACCAUCCCUACCUCGGGACGCAGAGCACGGCCUACCCCCGCCCCACCGCCAUGCAUGAGGUCUACGGCCCUCACUUCGACCCUCGCUAUGGCUCCUUGCUGGUGCCCACUGCCUCCGUCCGCCCCCAUCGCCUCACCCCCGCUGCUGUGCCCACACCAGUCAGCCCUCCCUGCGAGCUGGGCAAGAGUGAGGCAGGCCCUGCUGCUGCCUGGACAACACCAGGACCCUUCCCCAAUGCGGCAGGAGAUGUGGCACAGAGCCUCGGCCUCAACGUGGACGCAGCUCGGCGUUACUCGUUCUGUGGUGGAUCCCUUCUGAGCUGACGAGCUGACUCAGAGCCUCCCAGACACCCCUUGCCCUUUUCCAAGCCUACCAUGGCCCUGCAGCUCGGGGACAGACAACAGGACUUAGAACAACCUGGCUUUGCAAGGAUGAUCCUUUAGACUUAUUUUGGAGAGGAAGACCCUUCUGUUGAGAGAGGAGAGCCAAAGACCACAAACUAUUUAAACAAACUCCACAACCAGGACUGCAGUUGGACUAUUUUAAAAGAGUCAAAUGACGUCAGGAAUGGUGAUGCAGAACCACUGGCCUUUUUACAAGGGACGGAGGAAAUCGUGGUUAUUUCAGUGGUGUGAAUAUUUUUUUAUGACAGUGAAAAUUAUUUCUCGAUUUCAACAUGGGAAAAAAUGAUUUAGCAGUUUGGAACUGGAUUCUUACUUUACAUUGCAGAAAAGUAAAAGGAGAGGAAACUGGAACUCGCUAACAUUUUUGGACUACUGAGGAGCUAGUCAGAUUUUUCAGCAUUGUGGUUAUGAGUGGCAAGCGUCUAGCUUGGGCCACCUGCCUUGGGCUUACAGAAAUGCAGCUGUUCCACGGACAACUGUUCAAACUCCAGAAAUAUGAAAACCAAGGUGGCACUUCUCAGAAUUUGGCAUAACAUUUGCAUUGAAUACGUAAUGGUUGGUUGUUUUCUUUUUUUUUUUUACAAGAAACAUUU